AUGCCACCAAAACCCGCCCCCAAUCCAUCUAUUUGUUUUGCACGCUUAGGCAGCAUUGAUGCUAUUGAACAAGAAAAACAAACACAAGAUAAAUUAGUUGUUCUUCUUCUUAAUAUCGAAAAUCCUGAAAGAGCAAGUCUUGAAUAUCGAAUGGUGAAUUGGGGUCAAAAUUUUGAACAUAGUCAUCCAGUGAAAUUUUGUAAAUAUGUUUAUACACCAGACGAUCCUGAAGCAGCAGCAAAUGUCACCAAGACACUCAAUAUUAAUCAUCAAUCAGCAGUUAUUUUUUUAAAUAAUGGAAAAGAACUUGAUCGUAUAACUGAUCUCAAUGAAUCAGAUCCUAAUCGAUCACAUCCACUUGAAACCGAUAAAAUCGAUCAAGAUGAACAACGAGUCAAAGACAAAACCAUUCAAUUAUGUGAUAAUGUCGGUAAAUGA